AUGGAGGAAUUCCCCUCAGACGCAGAGCCCCGAUCUCGGCGCCGAUGGCAACAACUCUCCACGCGCAUCCUCAAACUGAUCCUGCACCAAUGGCUCCUAAUCGGAAUUGGGGUCGCCUGCGUGCUGGCAUAUUUCUUCCCGGACGUCGCCAAGCACGGCGGCACAAUCCGCUCCGAGUACAGCGUGCUGUACGGGGCGAUCGCAGUGAUCUUUCUGAUCUCGGGACUGAGCAUCCCGCGGCAAAAGCUAUUCACACAGUUCCUGAACUGGCGCCUGCACCUGGUAGUGCAGAUCAUCUCGUUCCUAUUCAUCCCCGCCCUCGUGUUGGCUGUCGUGCACGCCAUCCUGGCCGGUGACCCUGGUGCUCGCAUCGAUCGCGCUGUGCUCGCGGGUUAUAUUCUGACUGCGUGCAUCCCGACAACUAUCGCUUCGAAUGUGGUUAUGACCCGUGCUGCCGGUGGUGAUGAUGCCGCCGCCCUGGUCGAGGUGCUGCUGGCUAAUGUCUUGGGCCCCUUUGUCACUGCUGCUUGGACGGUGGCGCUGCUCCCCAAGAUGCGUGAGUUCGAUCCCUGGCGCUAUGGGGGUGGUAGUCUCGGCAGUAUGUAUAAGGAUGUCUUUCAGCAGCUCGGGCUGAGUGUGCUGCUGCCGCUUUUUGUUGGGCAGUUGGUGCGCUGGACUUGGCCGGACCGUACGACUUGGGUAUUGCAGAAGACCCGGCUGCCGAAGCUGGCUACAGUGUGUAUGCUGCUGCUGAUAUGGACCACUUUCUCUUCAUGCUUCGCAACAGGAGCCCUCCAAGCUCUAUCAACUCAAAGCGUAAUAUUCGUCGUAUUAUUCAAUAUCACCUUAUACAUCGCCCUCACGCUAGUAUGUUUCAUCAGCUCCCGUCCACCACUCAUCCUAGCAUCCCGCCCCUGGAGCGAACCAAUAUUCAAGCGCCUCUCGCCCGAAGAAACCAUCGCCGUGUGUUUCUGUGGCCCCGCAAAGAGCACCGCCCUCGGCAUCCCACUGCUGUAUGCAAUGUGGCAGCCCGUGGACCUCUUUACCAAGGCCAAGACCUCGGUGCCGGUGCUGCUGUAUACCACCGAGCAGAUCUGCGUGGCGCAUUUCUUUGUGCAGCUGUUUCGGAGGUGGCAUGGGCGCUUGGUGGAGAAGAAGAAUCGCCAUUUGGAUAACAUUAAUCGGCGCGAAGAUGCUGAGGGUGGAAUGGUGGAGGUUCCGCAGUGUCGUGGUGUUGGGGUUGGGAAUCAGCAUAUGAAUGGUCAUGAUUGA